UUCAUUUCGUCAAGAACUGACAGUCCAUACCUUUGUACUCCUGGAUUUCAGCGGGUCCCAAGUCGAAUCCAAGUUGCGAGGCAAUCUCGAGUACCAUGGCCGAAAAUCCUGACGUAGAAUCCUCGUUAAGAGAGCCAACUGCCGAUGAAGUAAGGACGUUAUCUCAACGAAUGGGAUUGGCUAUCCGAGAGGAAGAAAUUUCUGUUUACCAAGAGGCGAUCGCCAGCACUCUCCGCGAUACUUAUCAGCGGCUGUACGACUUACCAGAACCCAGGCUCCCGAUUAAAUACGCUCGAGAACGAGGUUACAGACCGGCACCAGAGGAAAACCCUUUUAAUGCGUGGUACUGGCGUUGCAAUAUAGUCGGCGCGCCAAACGGCAAACUCCAAGGAAAGACCAUUGCUAUCAAAGACAACAUCUCCGUUGCCGGGGUACCCAUGAUGUGUGGUUCCCGGAUGCUAGAAGACUAUGUCCCGGAUUACGAUGCAACUGUGGUGUCUCGCAUAUUAGACGCUGGAGGACGAAUCACCGGCAAAGCUGUUUGCGAGGAGUUCUGCUUCACUGCGACUAGCUGUACAGCAGCCACUGGGCAUGUUGUCAAUCCUCAUGAUCAAACAAGAAUGGCUCUGGGGUCUUCGUCUGGUUCAGCAGCGCUGGUAGCAGGAGGUCACGUGGACAUGGCUAUGGGAGGUGAUCAAGGCGGCUCUAUUAGGAUUCCCGCCGCCGCAUGUGGGAUUGUGGGAUUGAAGCCAACAUACGGCUUAGUGCCAUACAUGGGAAUAAUACCGGUAGACCUUCUACUGGAUCAUACGGGACCUAUGGCAAGAACAGUCACAGAUGUAGCUUUGCUCUUAGAGGUUGUUGCAGGACUGGAUGGGGACCUAGAUCCUAGGCAGCCACGUGAUCUUUCCACGCCAGUUUCCUACACCAGUCUGCUCACUGGUGACAUUUCUAGUCUACGUAUCGGAGUUCUUCGAGAAGGGUUUGAGAUGCCUGAAGCUGACAUGAAGAUUAUAACGUUUGUCAAGGAGGCCGCUGAUCGUUUCUCCAUGUUGGGUGCUACUGUUGAAGAGGUGUCAGUGCCAAUGCAUUUUGAUGGAAUUCGAAUAUGCGAUGCAAUUUGCCUGGAAGGUGGUUAUAGACUACUUCAUGGAUUCAAUUCAGACUCGAGGGGGUUUGUCGACACCAGUCUCCAGAGAGCGAUUGGGCGCGGUUUCGAUUCCCGCGCAAAUGAUUUGGCCUCUCCUGGAAAAUUAACUCUCAUGCUUGGCAUGUUUGUGCACGAAAACUAUCAUGGCGCAUUUCACAGCAAGGCAAUAAACCUAGCGCGGAAGUUGUCUCAGGAAUACGAUAAAGUUUUUGAACGUUAUGAUGCUAUGGUUUUGCCAACAAUUAUCCAGAAGACUCCGAAAAUACCUGAGGAUGACGAAAUUGAUUUUGGAACGGCUUUUGACUUCUGUCAAAACACCGGCCCCUUUAACGUCACAGGCCACCCAGCGCUGUCAAUCAACGCGGGGUUCAAUGAUGGCUUACCAGUCGGUAUGAUGAUUGUGGGAAGAAAGUUUGACGAAGCCACUGUUCUGAAUGUUGCCUACGCUUACGAAAAGAUCAGGGAUGCGAAAGAAUGAAAACAAACUGACACAUUUUACUUCUAGAGAGGAAGCUAUAACGUUACUAGUAAGUUAAAGUUAUCAUUACAUUCGUUGUGAUCAUCAAAGAAACAUUUAGGCUAGAUUUCCGCCGCUUUCUCGAGUCCGGUCUACGUUCCUCCCCAAGAAGAAAAGGGGGAGGAGCGCAGGUUCUUUUUCCGUACAGCGGCUGGUAAUCGACCCUAAGAAACAUUCUGGUUUAGAAUUUUCGAGAGGAUCAGAGACAGCCAAUGGCCACUAAAGUGCACCAAAAGGCCUUGAUUAAUUUGGUAAGCCAGAUUAGCUCGAGAAUGAAGGGUGGUUGUAGCCGGAAGCCUGGUCUCCCGAUCUUUAAAUUCGGUAUUAUGAUGUAAGUCACGAGCGCCAGUAUUAUUUGAGGUCGAGCAAAAUUUCCUAAUUAAUCCAGUGGCGUGAGAUUAAUUAUUCCCAAUACUGCAAGCAAAGACAAAUAAUUGACCUGCCAGACAAUGAGCCUCUCAAAGUUCAUCAAGAGCAUGUCUUUCCAUUAGACAAGUUUGAUUUCUCCGCAGUUAUUUCUGAGAGCAGCUUAUGCAGGACGAAACUCGCUCUGCUCGUUAAUAUGUCUUUUAUUUUAUAGCGGAUAAAUAGUGUAUUGUCUCUAUUGUCCUUGAAUAUUAUCGGUUAUUUUUGGUAGCGGGAGACCGUUAUUUGAAUUUCGUUAUCUCCUAAUGACGUAUUUUAGUCCAUCCUCCAAUCAUACGACGGAAAAAAGAUUGAAUGAUAAGGCAGGUUAUCGGUGAGAUAAAGCUCUCUUUAUUUUCAUCGCUUGUCUGUCGUUGUUAGGUAGAAAUUGAUGUUGACUGCUAUGUCUUAUCUUAUUCAGCCUAUAAAUUAAGAUUGACUAAAAGGCUAAUUUGAAUAAAUAUGAUUACUUAAUGCC